GCAAGCUCGCCGGCUUCGACAAAAAGCUGUCGCGCAGCCUGGACGAGGAUUUGCAGAUGGAGAGCCCGCCGUCCAUCCUGGCGGAGUCACCCGUGGGGCCGUUGGGGGAGAGCGCCAGUCGCAAGACGCUCAUCUACCUGAUACUCACGCUCAACCACGCAUUCCCGGAUUACGACUUCAGCCAACUGCGGGCACACCACUUCAAGAGGGAGUCGGACCUCGGCCCCCUGGAGGAGACGAUCGAGCGACACCUCUCGGAAAUCACAAAGGUCUGGGAGAGCACCCCUGAUGUGGGGGAGCUGUCCUUCGUGGAGAGCAUCAGAAAGGCGAUUGAUGAGUCUGUCGAGUUGAAGAGCUGUGAAGUGUACCGAUACAGACCAGACGUGGACACAGACCUUUUUGACGAUGAGGGUGUGCUGUGGAGCUUCACGUACUUCUUCUACAACAGGAAGUUGAAGCGCAUCUUAAUGCUCAGCUGUCGGGGCGUCAGCAAGAAUGCAAGGAGAAAGUCAACGACCCUGCACUCGGACUCUUCCGAGACAGAAAGCGAGGUUGACUAUGGCAUGGCGAGUGAGAUGGACGUCUGA